AUGGAUCACACGCCCUCAUCAUCGUCGCAACCCUCAAGCAGCAUUGAAGAGAGCAGAGAGUUCCACACCAAUAGUGCUGUGCCAGGGUCUCUAUACCCUUCAUUUACCAACCCAUUUGCUGCGUCCCCUGCUUUAUCGUUGCGAGCGUUUUCUGAUAAUACUAAUGCCACGAUGUGGAGGCCACAUCCAUUAUCAGGGGUCGCUAGUAAUGCCCACGAUAUAUUUUCUACGCAGACGCCUGUGCACGGUUUGUCGCAGCCCGGGUCGAGCUCAUUUGGACGCGGCGGGAUGCAGCGUCAGUCUUUUGACCUGUGCAUGUUGCCGAUAACAUCCCAGCAGCAGCAACAUAAUUUUCAACUGCACGCUACGCCAACACCAACACCGACGGCAGCAACAUCCGCGGGAGCACCUGCGUUAACCCCAGCUGCGCCCUUGGCCACAGCAAAAGUUGAAGAAGUUGCCUCACCAGUCGAUGCCUCGUCGCCCACGAGCAACAACAACAACGAUGCGGCAGCACCAGUAACGGCAGAAGCGGCAGUAGCAGCAACAUCCGGCUCCAAUCUCUCCGACAUUGCACUCCUCCUGAGUGGCGCCAUCAGCAUAAAACCAGGCACCACAGGAAAACCGCCAUACUCGUACGCCACGCUCAUAACGUUUGCGAUUCUCCAAAACCCUCGCAAACAAAUGACGCUCAGCGAGAUAUAUAGCUGGGUCAUGGGGCAGUAUUCUUAUUUUGAGACUGCUGGCACUGGGUGGAAGAAUUCUAUCAGGCACAAUUUGUCACUUAAUAAGACUUUUGUGCGCAUUCCGAGGCCCGUCAACGAGCCCGGGAAGGGCGCGUAUUGGACGGUUGAUCUGGCUGUACUUGAAGAAACCAUGCAUAAUCGGCCAAAGCCGCCGCCUCAUCGGUAUUCGCUGCCCCAUAUUACGCUGGAUGGUCCCGAGGCGGGGUCUCGCGCAGCAGGGAUGAGUUCGAUGGGGUCCUCAUCAUUGUCGGCCGGCGCCGUGCCUAUGGGUGCUGGUGGAGGGUUCCAAAUGGGCCUUGCGCCACAGCAACAGCAGAGUCAGUUUUCUGGUGACCAGCAUGGAUUCUCGGCGAGUCGCUCGUUGAUGAUGGGUAUGGCAUCAAGGGUAGGAGGCGACUUUGAUAUGAUGCCCAGGCUUUCCCCAGCAUCAUCGUCCCUGACACCUGGCGGAGCGCACGCAUUGCGUCGAGCAUCGCUGCAAAUAUCCCCGAUCCACAGAUAUCAGCCAUACUCAAUGGCCGGGAUGCCGCCACUACCGCCGCCACCGCACUACAAUAUAAGCAGCAACCAUAUGCAGGCGCACCACCCACACAUGUUUAACAUGAUUAGCUCAUUUGCUACUCCCAUCAUGGCUCCUCUCCAGCCGCCAUCAUCAGUACGCUCUCAUGCGGCGAGCAGGACUGCUCAUACGAUUCAGCCUGCGACGAUCCAGCCGCACUUGCACGGAGGAAUAUCGUCUGCCGGGUUUCUGGGAAUCAACAACUCUGCGGGUGCCGAUCCAGCAUUGCAAUCGGCCACUCCCCUUAGUGCCGACACCGCCUCUGCCAGUAGCAGGAGCAACACAGUCACGAACAAGCAAAUGGAGCAACUGUCCUUGCAAUCGCACCUUUUAGUCAAACCAACGCCGUCGUUGCCCGAGUACCUCUUGGCGCCGCACCAGAACGUUGCAAAUAUCGUGAAGCAGAAGCAAUACCAGACUGCUUCACCCGAGAGCAGGAGUGCUGGGAAGCUGUCAGAGUCUGUGGCAACUAAAACACCCACCAGAAAUAUGGUUGAAAAAGAACAUUAUGAGGCGGAAAACGCCGGGGAUGACUCGCAGAUGGCGAGACGACAAAAGGCGCAAGAUGGAGAGUUUGGCGACAUAUCGACGUACUUUACGUUUGGUGAUGCCUCAGAGUCCAAGCCCAACGACCCGUCAGAUACCAAUUAG